AUGAAGGGCCGGAAAAUGCGUGGCCGAGCCGCUUCCACGGGCUCCUGCAGGACUUCUAGAUGCACACCGCCGUACUCCAGGCAACGUCAAGAGCGACCCGAGACCCAACCGGACAUUACUGAAGAUCCGUUACCGAAAGCUUGCGAGGUCUUACCCGUAUCGGACCUCUUUCGCUUUUUGCCCGCCCAGAUGGUGUCCAAGCCAGGCGUGAUGACGCACGUCAUCGACGGGUACAUCAUACAGGAGUCCCUGCAACCUUUCCCAAGUACGACCACGGCAACGAAGACCAGCAUCGUGGGGGCGCAGCGUUACCAUCACGUCAGCAGAACGAUGCCGAGCAUGGGGAUGAACGCGGGGACGUCUGGAGCCAUCACGCAGGCAGUGCCCGCUAAGCAGAAACCUCCGCAGUCCCUGGAUUUGUCCUUCGUCGGCAAGCCUGCCAUAACCAAGCCAUUUCAGGUUCAUGAGACGUCCACCAUGAAAUUGACGCCCAAACGAAAGACUCCAUCGCUGGCCUGCAAGAACAUCGAAGAACUCCACACGACUUCGAGCAAGACCACCUCCUUUGUCCCAGGUGCCGCUGCCACCCCCAAAUUCAAGCUCAUUAACGGCACGCCACUAGAAGACCCGUCGACGUCUCCUUGGGACUCUGUGACUUCGCAGGCGUCGUCUGCACUGCUAACCACACCCCAGCAUCGUCAUCCGGAACCUACGUAUCCACUGCAUAAUUGGAGUAACUCGCCGGAAAAGUGGACAGUGGAUGACGUGGCACAGUACGUUUCUGGAAGCCCGGGCUGUGAGGGCAUCGCUGAGAAGUUCCGUUACCACGAGAUUGACGGCGGCGCGUUGUUCCUCAUCAAGGAGCACCACCUCAUGACGACGAUGGACAUGAAACUGGGACCGGCGUUGAAAAUGUGUGCAACCAUAGCUUCACUUCGCGAUGUGUCCCAAGACAAACUUGUGGUGCGCGUCGGUAUAUAA